AUGAAGGGGGUGGCUGUGAGGAAGAUGAAGAUGCCCCUGGACAUCCAGGCAGGAGGAAAGGCCCUCCCUGAGCCAGGAAGGUGGACAGAGCUGGUGAUCUCUGAGCAGCUUCAGGUUGGGGAGAAGCCCCACAAGUGCUUGGAGUGUGGGAAGAGCUUCAGGCAGAGCUCCCACGUGAUUUGUCACCAGAUGAUCCACACUGGGGAAUGGGCCUACGAGUGUCCUGAGUGUGGGAAGGGCUUCAUCUGCAGCUCCAACCUCUUCACCCACCAAGGAAUCCACACUGGCAAAUGCCCCUAUGAGUGUGGGGAGUGUGGGAAGAGCUUCAGUCAUAGCUACAGCCUAAUCAGCCCCCAGAUGAUCCACGCUGGGGAGAGGCCCUACAAGUGUGGGGAAUGUGGGAUGAGCAUCAGACAGCGCUCUGGCCUCAUCCGCCACCAGAUGAUCCCCACUGGGGAAUGGUCCUACGAGUCUGGGGAGUGUAGGAAGGGCUUCAGCUGCAGCUCCAACCUCAUCACCCACCAACGAGUGCACACUGGGGAAUGCCCCUAUGAGUGUGGGGAAUGUAGGAUGAGCUUCAGAUGGUGCUCUGACUUGAUCCCCGACCAGAUGAUUCACACUGGGCAGAGGCCGUAUGAGUGUCAGAAGAGCUUCAGCCAGAGGACCCAACUGAUCAUCUACCAACGCAUCCACACCGGGGAGGCCCUUGUUCACUUCUGUAUGGUUGGCCAGAUAUACCAGUCUCUGGAUGGUAUAAGUCCUAAGUAUAUCAACCUUCUGAAGAGGUUUGAGGGAUGUGUUGCCAAUGUGAUGGAGCCAAUCCACAAGUUUCUCUGAUAAACCUGAAUCGGUAAAACCGGUCCAGGGGUCAAUCCAUGUGCCUAGAUGUUUUUCGGAGCUCCCUGGGUCAAUCAUAUUACGGGGGGAUCCAUUUAUUAUCUGUCACUAUAGGACACGAAACAACACGACGCGGACACGCUGCUGCUCUCAAGGUAGAAAUGGGAUGUUUGUUUUUUACUCCAACAUUUUUAGAUUUCCAAAGGUGACAGUGGAUUGGAGGGUGAAAGUGCCACCUCUCCAAUGACAUUGGACAAACCAACAGUCCAUCAAA